CCCGUUAAAAACUUGUUUUAUUUAUUGAGUGAUGUGCCUGAAAACCUAAGAAACAAAUAAUAAACAGAUUUAUUCUUUAAACUGUCAUGUAUAAAAAUACCUUUAUAAGAAUGACGCGGACAUAGCUCGUUAAAGAUGUCUAUUCGCAUAUUUUUAAAAUUAACAGGUUCUGCGUACUUUAGCCGGUCAGGCUCUGAGGGUUGCUCCGAGACCUUAAACAGAGGUCAGACAAAUGUUAUAAAACAUGAUACUUGUUUACAAUGACUACAUAAAAUGAUUAUCUUUCCGAUCAUUAACGUAAAACUUGGUCGAUGGAACUGGUCGGUAGUGUCAUUGUAUUUUUGUGUGUUCUUAUAAGUGUGAACAAUGCUUCCAUAUUGGAGCCCACUAAGGCGAACCCGCUUUUAAGUUAUUAUAUUCCAGAGGCCCGUGAACUUAAAAAUGCCUUGGGGUUACAUGAAGAUGUCUAUUUGAAUUUCACAGAGCUAACGUCAAAAUAUGGAUACAAAUCAGAAGAACACACUGUCACUACCGAAGACGGCUACAUCCUGACCAUAUUUAGAAUCUUAUCAAAAUGCGAUGGGCCGUCUACGUCCUAUCCUGUUUUAAUGAUGCAUGGUUUGAUCGAUAGCUCCGACGUAUAUAUAGUGGCUGGACCUGAUCUUGGACUGGGAUAUGUUUUGAGCAAGAACUGCUACGACGUGUGGGCUGCAAAUCAUAGGGGCAAUGUCUACUCCCGACGACACGUAUCACUUGACCCUGAUAAGGAUAUUAAAUUCUGGGACUACUCUUUCGAUGAACACGGCAACUUCGAUCUACCAGCGACCAUAGAUUAUGUCCUGCAAGUGACUAACAAACAAAAGUUAUUUUAUGUGGGUCAUUCUCAAGGGACCACAGAUUUCUUUGUAUUGACUUCACUUAGACCCGAGUACAAUGACAAAAUUCAGUUGUCAGUACAGCUAGCUCCCGUAGCAUGGAUGACAAAUAGUAUGAGUCCGAUACCGAGGGCAUUAGCUUAUCACGUGAGUCAAGUAAAAGAAUUCUUAGAUGGAAUGGGACUGAGGGAAAUUCUAGGAAAACAUCAAUUGUCACAUUUUGUACUUGAAAUAUUGUGUAGUUUCCAACCCGAGGCAGUAUGCGGUACAACUUACAGGCUCACAAGUGGUCUUGAGCCCGGUACCCUUAAACCGAAAGUAUUAUCUGUUUCCUUGGGACAUUUGUUAGCUGGAACGUCCACAAAGAACUUAGUCCACUUUGCACAAUUGAUAGUGUCCAAGAAAUUCAAGAGAUUUAACGAAGGUUUAGAAGGAAAUAUGAAGAGAUAUCAAAGUUCAAAACCACCGGAAUAUAAUGUUUCGUUGAUUUCUUCCCCAGUUGUUCUCGUGAGUGCUCACCAGGAUUGGUUAUCAUCUUUGAAGGAUGUCGAGACUCUGAGUUCUAAAUUACCCAACCUCGUUGAGAACUAUGUAGUGCCGUUAAAGGAAUGGAGUCAUGUGAAUCAUGUAUACGAUGAGAGAAUCCAAAAAUAUGUGAACCCGAAAAUCUUGGAUUAUUUUAAAGAGUACGAAGUUUAAACAAUAUUGAGUUUGAAAUGUUUGAAUAAAAGAGUACCUACAUGAUAUCACAUAUUUGGAUAAACCCUGUUUGUGAUAAACCUACUACUAUGAUACAACAAGUUUUCAAUAACCACUUGGCCCCAUGGAUAUAAGAUUCAAGAUAUUAUGAUUUUAAGAACCUGAAGAUUUCGAGGGAACUCUUAAAAAAUUGAUAUUGUUUAUACUACUAACUUGUCAUUCAUUCUCGGGAAAUGCCAUUUGGUGAAGAGAAACCAAUGAUGAAGACCACAGAUGACCACCAGAACUAAUCAUUAAUACCCAGGAGUUGUAAGAUUAAGUACUUUAAUUUGUUUGAUAAUUCAUAUAAAUUCGUCGUAGUGCAUAUAAAUGAAGUGUAGCUGAUAGUGUAGUAGGUUCUCGUGGGGGACAGUGUUAUAAGGAGCACAGUAUAGUAGUAUGUAGUAUUCUUAGUUGGCUUUAGUUUGUCCUGACGUGUUUUAUUAGAUUUAUAUGAAGCCAUCUUAAGCCUCGAUGACAUGGGGCGAGUUAACAAGUUACAAGCCAGCGAGUUCGCUAGUAGCUUGUAAAGUCGCCCCGUGUCAUCGGCUUUUUUACCAUCUGCUACUCGAUGAUACGGAACGAGUUUACAAGCUACUAGCGAACUCACUGGUUUGUAACUUGUAAACUCGCCCCGUUUCAUCGAGGCUUUAAGCAGUCAUCAAACGUCAAAUAGCCAAGGGGGCGUCCAUAAAUUACGUGAGGUGUUUUUUUGGACUUUCUGUCCCUCCCUCCCCCCCUGGUGAGAUGUCGUGAGAUUUUGUUCAACCCCCUCCCCCAUCCCCCAAUCUCACGUGAGAUUUUUCAAAAUGUGGGUUUCUUUCGUAAACGCGUUGGAUAGUUAUUGUAAAAAGAAAAAAAAUGCUUCGUGCUUUUAUUUACGACUAGUUAAGACUAGUAAUCAAUAUUACUGAGAGUUAUAAGUGUAAUAAAAAUUUAACAAUAGAAUACAUAAUAGAUACUACUGUGAAAAAAAAUGCGUGAUAUUUGCCGAGACCCCCCCUCUCUUCAACGUAAGAUUAGAUGAGAUUUGACUCGACCCUCUCCUCCCCUUAAACAUCUCACGUAAUUUAUGGACGCCCCCCAAGUACGAUACAGAGAUAUUCCGAAGGUUACACUGUCACUAACUCUUCCUGAAUAACUCCUCAACAAUCAAGGUCCCUGAAUCGGUUUUAGUUUUUAUUAAAAAAAUGAUUUGUUAAACACCAUCUAAUCCAUAUUAUGUCAAAGUCAUUAACUGAGGUUACAUGUUUUAUGUUUGUUUUCACACAUAUAAUAUACAGCCGGUUUUAACAGGACAUUACACAUUGUCAAUGAUGAAGACGUCGUCGGCACGGCGAGAAAUACCAAGAGACAACAUUAUUAGUUUGACAUUGUAGCCUAGUUUAUGAUUUCAUUUUUAUAAACUAGAUCUCGAUGAUACCAAACUGGAUUUUGUCUAAGUAGAAUACACAGAACGAAGCAAGAUGUUUUGAUCUGUUAGAUUAUAAUAGAUUCCUCUUCGUUUCUUAGUUAGAAGUCUACUCCUUUAAUUCCAAACUAUCUCUUUGCCAAAAUACAACCUUAUCGGCUCAGUUGUUCAAACAUUUAAACUAAACAGACUGAUAGGAAGUUUAUUUUGCAUUUAUAGUAUUAGUGUAGUAGUAUGGAUACAAAGCAGGAUUAAAAUGAUUAAUGGUUUCUUAUUUUAAUUUAUAAGUGGUUUUUGCUCGAAAAUUUUCACUCGUCGUUUGUUAUUAUAUGUUUAAGCUCUUAUAUGUUCUUAUUAUUUUCUAGGUACAACAUGGCAAUGGUAGCUUUUUCUUGUUUUGUUUACAAACAUCAUACACAUUUUACAGGUUUUGUGUGUGUGUUUUUUUUAAAUAUAAAUGUUAAGAUAUUGUUGAACAAAUAAUAAAGUUUACUACAUUAUAUUAAUAACACUUACUGCUUUUUUUUUUCUCAUUAAAAGUUUGAGAAUCAGAAAUUAAAAACAGGUGGCCGAGGGGUUAUGGUAUAGUAUAUUUUUGGACCGGCUCAAUAAGCUCUUUCAUUUGAUUUCACGAUAGGUUUUUAAGAAAAAAAAUCAAAUCCCAAAAAAUACCCCUCCUAAAUUAAAAAUAAAUAUUUAUAAUAAAACUAGCAAACCCGGCGAUCUCCGUUUCGCCACCAGAUGGCUUCGUUUUAUGUAACAUUUCGUUUGGUGACUAAAAGAAGUUUUUUUUUAAUUUUUCCUGAAUUUUCUUUGCUAUAAACCUCACGGAGCCCGAGACCUUUCCAACGAAUGCAAAACCGUGGAAAUCGGUUCGUGCGUUCUGGAGUUAUAGCGUCAGGAAGGAAAACCCGACUUAUUUUUAUAUAGUUUAUAAUAAAAUCAUUCUGAAUGGCAGGCAGCUCAGUUCCGAUCGGGUUGGAAUUUCUUGGCCCCAUGUCCAGCACUGGGCGUCUAAGCUGAUAUGAUAAAUCGUUCUGACUCGAGUGUAGAAAUAAUGUUAUAGUGAAUUGCUGUGGUGUGAAUAAGGUAAUGGGCACCUGCUUUGUUUUUCCUCCGUGGGCACCUGAGACCUAAGAACGAAUUUUGACAAUCCUAUAAUCGUAUCGCAUCGCCGUAAGAAUAAACUAGCUUUUUCCAUACAAAAUUUGACAUUGACGGUUUGUUUGAUUGACGUUAUAAGAUUACGGAAUUCUCAAAAUUCGUGUUAGGGCCUGUGUUCGCCAUGAUAUUCUUCUAUCAGAAUUCAGAUAUCAGAUCUGAUAUUCUUUAGCUAGCAUGCACGAAGAGCUGUGACCAACAGUGUCUUUUAGUUUCAAAUAAUGAAAAUUAAAACAUACAUUGCGUUGCUUGACAACUAUGAGCAAGUUUUAUUAAAAUUAAUAAGAGGCGAUUAUUAGUUACAUAAAAAAGAUAUACUUGCAGUUGGUAAACUUACCGGGAAAAACGAACUAUUUACAUGCGUAUAUGUGUGCAGAACCUUUGGUACCACUUAACCUGUUUUAUACUUAUCUAAUUUCGUUAAUGUCAGACACUGAAUAUCAUAUGAUGUAACUCCGAUAAUUGUCAUCGUUACGCCAAAUUACUAUCUCCUUACAACUUAAUACCAACCUAAUUUCCCUUAAUAGAUGUCACAAUCAUAGUUUAACGUCUAACAUUGUAGUGUAUGUUCAAUACACUACACUCAGUUCUAUAAAUCAAUUUAAUCAAUGCUUAUGUUCUAGGAAGAAAUGGCAGCAAUGGUUUGUUUAUGCUAUUGCAUAGAUUCAACGCAUCACCGCGGUCGUCGGUUCAAAUCCCGAACUCGUUUUUUGAAGUUAUACUUCUUUAGGCGCGUUAUGAAAAAAUGAUGAGAGUGAAAUUUUAAGAUGCG